AAUGCAACAUGCUUCCUGCAUAAGAAAAGUCCAACGCGUACGUGCACUCUCUCUCUCUCUCUCUCUCUCUCUCUCUCUCUUCGUUGGCCAUCACACGAUAAAGGGUGCAAACAACCAUUUGCAUGUCUGUUCCGCCGUCUGAUCUCCAGCGGCCAUUUCCGUUCCCUGUGACUGCCUAGUACUACGUACGCAGUUAAUCAGCGGCGGCCGGCGGCAUGGGGAAGAAGCUUGACACCUUGCUGGGAAGAUCCUUCAAGACCCACAAAUUCAAGGCUCUCGUCCGCCUUGCCAUUUCCCGCCUUGCCGCCUUAAAAAACCGGCGCCAAGUCUGCCUCUCCCAGGACCGAUCCAACGUCGUUCAGCUCCUCAACCUCGGCCACCAUGAACAAGCUCUUCUUCGGGUUGAGCAUGUGAUCAAGGAGCAGAACAUGUUGGACGUUUUUUCUAUGAUGGGGGGAUAUUUCCUUCUGUUGAUCGAGAGGGUCCACCUCCUCGAACAAGAAAAGGUGUGUCCAAAUGAACUGGAAGAGGCAAUUGCCAGUUUGCUAUUUGCCUCUUCAAGAUGUGGGGAGUUCCCGGAACUUCAAGAGAUCCGGGCAGUUUUCAAGUCCCGUUUCGGGAAAGAAUUUACAGAUCGUGCGAUUGAAUUGCGCAACAAUUGUGGAGUGAAUCCCAAGAUUGUACAAAAGCUAUCGACGAGGCAGCCUAGCUUGGAGACCAGAAUGAAGGCGCUCAAGGAAAUUGCUUCUGAGAAUAGCAUUGCACUUCAACUCGAGGAAGUGUCUAUUAGAACGGAGGAGAAAUUGGGCAGGGAGCAAAAGCCUAAUCAACCCAGGUCACACCCAUCAGUUAAUUCAAGUGGAGAUGGUUCCCAAGCAGCGCCUGAAGAAAUCGAGAUGGAUGAGGAGUUCUCUAGUCCAAUGAAAAUGAGGCAGUACAGGGAUGUCGCUGAUGCAGCUCAAGCAGCUUUUAAGUCAGCUGCUUAUGCUGCAGCAGCGGCAAGAGCGGCUGUGGUACUCUCUCGUUCCGAGUCCCAGGAUCCCGAUGAUCAAAACAGUCCUAGCUCUGGACAAGAAAAAGGAUCUGACUGCAAGGAGCCUAUGGAAUCUAAAGAUAAAACUACUGGAAACAAAGAAACGGGUGAGGUGGAGAAGAUCCAUCCUAUUGAGAACUACCAUCUUGAAUCAGAAGAUAAGAAAUUCAACAAUGAAAAGAGACCAAUUUCUGCUUCAAGUUCAGACUCAGAAGACACCGGGAAUGCAAAUGUAAUGCCCUUGGAUGUCCUCGGCAAGACCAAGCCAUUGGAGAAGGGGAUUGCUUUUGAUGGGAGUGAUGAUGAGAAGUCUAAUUUAAUAAGAGAUGAUCUCUCGCAAGGAAAUGGAGAGAAGUCCUAUAACUCAUUCCAUGAACAGAUCCCUCAAAGAUUUCAAUCUGGUCUCAAAAUAGGGGCUCUGCCAAAUUCCACUAAAGGAUCAGUCACCCAAAGUGCACAACUUUUCAACAUGAGGGGGCAGCCAUUUUCUGUGAGGACCAGGCGAUAAUAUAUGUAGGAAUUGAGAAGCAUAAGCAUAUUAAAAUUCUGUUGCAUUUAUUACGUAAAUAAACUAAUAGCAUAGGCUGUGUGCGCCUGUCAGUUUUGUUCAUUGAUUUUUUAGCUAUAAAAUUUGCGAGAAGGGAAACUUUGUAUAUUGUUUUGGACUGUGAUUGCAUUUAAAGUAUUUAAUGGAGUCGAAAGUUAUUAUUA